GAAAGACCUGUGCUUUCUUUCAUCACUUUUAGUACACAGGAGGCCACCGCCUACGUCCUCUUAUUUUUUACUUGAUUUAACCAUUUUUUUAUGAUUUGGUGAUGAAGUGGUUUUGAGGUAAGGCAAACAGGACAUUUCAAUCAAGCAUCUGUCACCCUGUUCAAGGAAAAACAAUGAGUGAUUAUGAGGAUGCCUACAAUGACAGUUAUAUGUCGUAUGAGAAUUAUUCGCAUUAUGAUGAAAAGGGGAAAGUACACGACUUUCCUCUAGACAAGGUAGACCAAUUCGGUAUAAUUGUAGCUGUGCUAUAUACCAUCAUCUUUCUAUUGGGAGUCUCAGGAAAUAUUUUGGUCAUCUGGAUUGCGGGAUUCAAGAUGAAGAAGACCGUCAAUACCACCUGGUUUCUGAGUUUGGCCGCUGCAGAUUUCCUCUUCUGCUUAUUCAUUCCUUUUAAUGCUGUAUAUAUGGCCUCUGGCCACUGGCAUUUUGGACUAGCUCUUUGCAAGGUGAUCUCAUUUGUAAUGUUUAUCAACAUGUUUUCCAGCAUUUUCACCCUGACAAUCAUCAGCAUCGAUCGCUUCAUCUCAGUCAUCUUCCCUGUGUGGGCCCAAAAUUAUCGUGCUCCAAAAACAGCCUUUGUGGUUGUGGUCAUUAUUUGGUGUGUUUCCUUUCUUUUAAGUAUUCCUUCUCUUGUGUUUCGCCAAACUAUUUCUAAACGUGAAAAAAUAAGCUGCUUCAACAAUUAUGGGGAAAAUAAGCAGAAAGAAAAGAACAUGAUGAUUGUCCUUAUGAUCCGUUUCAUCUGUGGCUUUGUAAUUCCUUUUCUACUUAUAACUUUUUGCUAUGUUGUUAUUAUAUUCAAACUGAAAAAGAACCACAUUGCAAAAUCUUCUAAGCCUUUCAAAAUUAUGGGAGCCAUUAUCUGUUCUUUUUUUGUUUGUUGGGUUCCUUAUCAUAUUUUCACCAUCAUAGAAAUUGAUCAUCCAAAGUACAAUAUGAACAUACUAAAUAUUGGAAUACAAUGUUCUGUACUUCUUGCUUCCAGCAACAGUUUCCUCAACCCUCUUCUCUACGUCUUUAUGGGCAAAGAUUUCAAGCACAAAUUGCGACUGUCAGUUAUCUCCAAGAUGGAAAAUGCAAUGAGUGAAGAUACGCAUACCAUGAGCAGGAAGUUUUCAAAAGCAACACUUUCAUCUUAUGAUAAAGCAUCUACUGCCAUUUAAAUGUUGAACCUAGACACUUUUACAAAAAUUUCAUGUGAUAGGCUUUAUAACUUACGUUUUUAUUUUUAUAAACUGUUUGGCCGUAGGUUUUCAGGAGUGAAAAAGCUUUCAAGAACCUGCCCUUCUAUGCAUUCAGCUGGUUACAUAAUUUUUUCUAUCACAUAGAUAGAAAAAAAUGAAUUAUAUUGUACAACAGGUAGAAAGGCAAUAAUUGAAAUGGGCAGAUGUCCCUUCCUUUUCAUACCAGGAAUAUAUGUAUAUUCUGCAAAUACUGAAUGACACAUAAAUAAAAUGCUGUUAUGCUGAUUAGGUGUACCAGACUAUGUUUAAUAAGCAUGCUUAGUACUAAAAACACAGUCAGAUAUU